UGUUUGCUACUUGUGCUGCAUCCACAUCAAUGAUGUCUAUGAAACCAUUAAUAUUGAAAGUAAGGACAGCAACUGCAUGCUAUGCAUCAGAUGGACGCAUGCGUUAUUGGGCAGGAAGCAAGCGCAGCCCGCAAAACAAGCUGUUUGAGAUGUUUGAUCUGACCUCUUCGUAAUAUUUCAAGUGAGACUUUUUUUCUGAGCAGCAAUGAAUCCUGUCAGAUAUUGUUUCUUCGCUAUUCUGGUUCUCAGUGUUUCACUUCCAUUUGUCUUCUACGCUGCUGACUUGCACACACAAAAACCUCUUCAAAGGUUGAACUUCUCGGUGAAUUCAACUUUAGCAGAAGCCUGUAAAGCACUUACUGAAGGUAAAGCAUCCUUUCUGAAGGAAAACACUUUAAAAACAUCAUUUGGUGAAUCCAGUUGCACGGAGUACAUCAGGCAGAACCGCUACAUCACCCGCGCCCUCUCGGCUGAGGAGGCUGCCUUCCCCAUCGCCUACAUCAUGACCCUGCACAAGGAAUUUGAGACCUUCGAGAGGCUCUUCAGGGCAGUGUACAUGCCCCAAAAUGUCUACUGUGUCCAUGUGGAUGCCAAGGCACCGGCCCCAUUCCGGCAGGCGGUGCAGCGCUUGGUGGGCUGCUUCCCCAACGCCUUCCUUGCCUCCCGGACGGAGCAGGUGGUCUAUGGUGGCAUCUCCCGCCUGCGGGCUGACCUCCACUGCAUGAGGGACCUGCUGGCCUCAGCCGUGCCCUGGCACUACCUGCUCAACACCUGUGGCCAGGAAUUCCCCUUGAAGACCAACCAGGAGAUUGUCCGGCUGCUGAAGGGCUUCAGGGGGAAGAACAUCACCCCUGGGGUGCUGCCACCCCCCUACAUCACCGUACGCACCGAAUACGUGCACAGGGAGCAAUUAUACUCUUCCUCUUCUUUCAUGCUGAGGACAUCUGUGCGCAAAGCACCCCCACCCCACAAUUUGACCAUCUACUUUGGCUCCGCGUACGUGGCCGUCACCCGGCCCUUUGUGGAGUUUGUGCUGCAGGACCAGCGCGCCAUCGAUCUCCUGGCAUGGUCUGAGGACACCUACAGCCCUGAUGAGCACUUCUGGGUAACACUCAACAGGAUCCCGGGUGUCCCAGGCUCCAUGCCCAACGCGUCAUGGGAAGGUGACCUGAAAGCGGUGAAGUGGAUUGAUAUGGAAAAAAGCCAUGGAGGUUGUCAUGGCCAUUAUGUCAGAGGGAUCUGUAUAUACGGAACAGGUGACCUCAAGUGGCUUUAUAACUCUACCUGUAUGUUUGCAAAUAAGUUUGAGCUUAAAACUUACCCCCUGACCGUGGAGUGCCUGGAGCUGAGACAUCGGCAGAGAACCUUGUCCCAGAGUGAGGUUGAGGUGGAACCCAGCUGGUAUUUUUAGCUAGCAAAACCCCAGGCUACAACAUUAAUAGAAGCAGUCAUGAAACGAGCAGCAGCAAUCUUAAUUUCUGCUGUGCCAGAAACAUGAACUCAUGGGAUGGGUUUCUUUAGGGUGUUCUGUAGAUGCAGCUCAGGUCGGCUUGUCUCAUCCUGCUUGCAAACCUCACCUUCCACUUAACACCUGGAGGCCAAAACGCAAAAGGUCCAAAAAGAGACACCAGGGUAAAGCUUCUCUUGCAGCUGGAGGAGCUUUGCACUUUUGCCAUUUUUAAUGGGCUAUUUUCCAGCCCCAGCUUUUGUCUUGCUACACUGUCAUUGCUAUCUUUUUCUAUAAAAAUGUAGAGUCAUGCAUCCCUGGCACUUCUUGUGUUUAAAAGACAAAUUUGCACAUUUGGUAAGCAAAAAGGUAAUGAGUCAUAGAAAGAUCUUAAAAGCAGGAACACAACUGCUGGCUAUACAUACAGAUACCCUUUUGUCAAAGGUACUGAUAUUUCCUGCAGAGAACUGAUGGAAAAGCACUGCAAAUGGAAUAAAGACACUGCACUUCCCAGA